AUGUGGUUCCCGCGGGAUGAGCUGCCAGCGUUCCCCAGGCCCAAGGUCCUCGCCGGAGACCUGUUCGAGAUUCCGGGGGACUUGGCGAAAGCUGGCAAAGGCCUCUUAGACGGACUGGUCGGCGCCCCCGAAGAAACCGCGCCUUCAAGUCCAGACGAAAACAACGAUGAGCAGCCACCUACGGUGCCUACAGAGGUGUUGAAGUUUCCGCCUAGCUCAGGCCCGUCGGUAUCAACGCUGCCCGAAGUAACUACGCCGCCACCGCCGGUCCCUACCAUCUCAUCGUCGAGAGCCAGCAGAAGUACAAGCUCAACUAGUUCAACGUCAUCCUCUUCUGUGCCGACGACUACGACUACGGCACAAGGGAACGAGAAUGCCCCGGUCGUCGUGUCACAGUCUUCAACCUCAGCAACCGCCAGCACACCCACCCAACAGCCCAUAACAGAAACGCCUGUUGCCUCGCAGACCUCAAAGUCACAGACAUCGUCGCGAACGGGGCCUGCGGGGGCUAUAGGUGGACUUUUGGGCACAACAACCACGAGUUUCGCUCCCACCACCACAGACCAGCCGCCGUCAACAACAUCGGUCACAAGCUUUCCGCUGUCAGCUACGCCCCAGUCCACGCAGAUAUUCAUCUCAGAUAGCACAACACAGUCUACUCCUAUUUCGCAAGGCGGACCGCAGACUUCGUUGUUAACCAGCACUACGAAAUCUGGAACUGCGCCUACGCAGGAGCCGUCGCCCGCUUCGCCUGCCGAGGGCUAUAAUGCCGGUCGGUCGCAUCUCAAAGGUGGCCACAAAGCAGCCAUUGCACUUGGCACCAUUCUGACCGUUGGCUUCUUUGCCCUGGCGAUUCUGCUCUUCUUCCGCCGCCGGCGUCGACGACAGCAACAAAGACGACGACUGUCCGGCGACUUCACACCCUCCAAGGGCCUGCCCUCGGGUGUCCAGCGACUCGCCGACAAGUUCCACCUGCCCGUUCCCUCUCGGUCGAGGAGGAGCAUGAAGCGGCGAGCGCAGGACGACAUGGGAGAACCGCUCGUGCGCGACGCGAGUCAAGCCCAAUCGCGUGGCUUCGUCUUCCCCUUUGGUGCCUCCAGAGCGACGCCCGUGAACCUGUGGCUCGACAGCCGAGGGGGCGGCAAGGCAUGCGGCCUCCAACGACAUGGAGUCCUCCAGGUGAUGCCGGCCAUCAAGGACCUGGACACAUAA